AUGUCGAGUUCAAAAACUGAAGAUUUAGAAGUCCAUGCCAUCACUGGGGUGAACCCUGGUGGGCAUAGCAGUGCUCCUGUGGGGAAGGAGCCCCGAGCCCAUAGGGACUGCUGCGGUUUGAGGAUCCCCUGGGUCAUAUCGGGUGUCCAGUGUGACGUGCAGCUGGUGGAGUCGGGGGGUGACCUGGUGAAGCCUGGGGGGUCCCUGAGACUCACCUGUGUGGCCUCUGGAUUCACCUUCAGUAGCAACAGCAUGAGCUGGGUCCGCCAGGCUCCAGGGAAGGGGCUGCAGUGGGUCGCGUAUAUUAGUGGUAGUGGAAGUAGCACAGGCUACGCAGACUCCGUGAAGGGCCGAUUCACCAUCUCCAGAGACAACUCCAAGAACACGCUGUAUCUGCAGAUGAACAACCUCAAGACCGAGGACUCGGCCACAUAUUACUGUGUAGGAGACACGGUGAGGGGACAUCACUGGGAGCCCACACACAAACCUCCAUGCAGGGGUGAUCAGCACCACCAGGGGGCGCACACUAUGCACAAUUCUGCUUUGUGUUGCCAGGAGCAGGAUUCCCAGAUGCGCUCCCUGUGCAGCCAGGACCACAGGAUCCCACAGCUCCUCCUUAUCCUCACCCAGCCCUUGUCCCAGUCAAACAACGUGACACUUUCUUCAUAG